AUGGAGGGUCCGGUCACGUGGGACGAAAUCGAGCCGAACAAGUACCUCCUCGCGGAUAAGGAGGGUUUUCUGCACCUCUUCCUCCUCCUCCCCGAUCAUCAAAUCCGCCACUCCGAGCUGGGCCGCGUGAGUCCCGGCGCCCAGGUCCGCUACAUCGACAACCGCGUGGUCUACGCAGGGGUCUACGCAGGUCCCUCCGCGCUGCUCCGCAUCACGCAGAACGCGCUGGAGCCCAUCGCCAGCUUCCCCAACCCCGGGCCGCUUCUCGACAUGGCCGCCGUGCAGGGCUCCGUCCCCGGGGAGACGCACUUGCUCGCCGCGGGCGGACUCGAUGCGGUAAUCGCGGGGAAGCGGGUUCAUUGUAGACCGCCGCGCUGGUCGAAGUGCGCAGUGGCGUCGAGUGCAAGCAGAUCGCUAUUGAAACUGGGGAAACUGGGGAAACCGAUCGGAAGGAGAACGGCAUGA